AUGUGCGCGCACAAUGACGUGCGCGUGUUUGCUCUGGCGAUGGGUGUCCAGCCUCGUGUCGCGGCGCUCCUCGAGGCGACGUCGGAUCUCACGUCGCUCUAUGCGCAGCUGCGCGACGUCGACACGCUUCUGCGGAUGGAGCUCGGGGUGGCCCGCGCUGAGCUCACGGGCGCCGCCGUCUCGCCGCCUCUCGACCUCACCUUUCUCGUCCACAGCGCAUCGACCAAUGCGGCGGCGCUGGAUCCUGUCUCGACAGCGGAUAGCCUGGCGCAAACGAGCCACUUGAUCCCGCUGCCUGCCCAUGCGCGCGGCGUGACGCAUGCCAACUGGAAGCCCAAAUUACGCUUUGCGUACAAGUGCCUCCAGUGCGACUCGCGGCUCCAUGUGCACGAGGCCAUCCGGAUUCUUCGAGCCAUUGCACACCUCAAGCCGCUCGGUUGCGACGUCGCCAACGUCCAGCUCAACCUCGGCGCGGUCUAUUUACACCUCGAGCACCAAGUCGACGAAGCGAUUGCGUGUUUCGAGUCGGCGAUCCAACUCGACCCGACGUUGUGGAAAGCGUACUACAAUCUCGCGAUCGCACUGCUCCAGCGUGGCCGGCUCCUCGAAGGGAAGGACGCACUCGUCGCGGCCCUCGAGAAGCAUCCGUCGGAUCCGCGCACGAUCGCGAUGCUUGCCGACGUCAACGCAGCGCUCACGAUGGCCGCGAUGCAAGUCGUCGCCUCCGAGUGCGACCGACAGGCCUUUGCCAACGACGUGUCGGUCGUCGUGUCUUUUCUGACGGCGCCGGCCGCGCCGCUGGCCCCCGUUCGGUUUGCUGCGGCCAUCAACUACGUGCAGGACGCGAGUGCGCUUGCGGUACCCGUGACGCAGCCGCUUUCGCCGGGCUGGGACGGUGCGAUCGCCAACCUCUUGCACCGCCUGUAUGUGUUUGCGGCGCUGCGGCAGCAGCACGUGCACGAGCUGUUUCAAAGCGUGUGCGAGCCCGACCAGCCGCAGUGGAUCUCGAUCACGGCCUUGGACCGCCUUGUGGCGACGACAACCGGCGUCGGCUUGUCAAAUGAGGAGCGCACCGAGCUGAAUGUGCUCUUCCCACGCCAGACGAUGAUUCACGCGCUCUUGCAGCCCAACCGUGUGACGUCCGACAUCAUUCGCGACGUGCGACGCCUCGGCGCUGCCUUCUCGCACCUCUCGUACCCCCGUCCUCGCGUUCGAUCGGUGCCAUCGCCCUGGACGCGCUGGCUGGACCUGCCGCUGCUCACGUGGCUCCAGUCGGUGCAUAGCCUCAAGGCGAAAGCCUCGAGCAUCUACGCCGUGCUCAUCGACCUCGACCUCUUCAGUGUGCUGCACCUGGCGAAGCGCCAGCCGACGCUCAAGCCACAACAUCUCAAGCCCAUGGACUUGGCCGACCGCGGGACACUGAUUUACGAGCUCUUUGGCCUUCGCCGGAGCAUCGAGCUGGCGGCCGGGAGUGUCAUCCAAGGCGCGAUUCGCAUCUUGACGGCCACGAUUCAACGCCAGCAACGAAGAGAGCUCUACUUGAUGGCCCGCGACGACAUCAACGCGCACGACCGGACGCUCUCCAUGGCGCUGCGCGACCACCUGCGCCGGCAAGAGACGAUGCGCAACGUCUCGGAGACGCUGGAAUGCAUUCUCCAAGACGCGUUCUCUGCAAUAUUUACGCUGCCAGCGCUGCCCGCGAUGCUACCGUGCAUCCCGCUGCGCACCGAGCUCCGCAUGCGCACCCACCUCGCGGCCACGUCGAUUCAGCGGGCGCACCGCGAGGGAGCCCACGACGACACGUAUCGUCUCACACGGUAG